GUGCGUUUCUUGUCUAUGACGUCAAAACAAUACUUCUGUGGCGGGAACAACAACCGUAUGGUAACAGUUUACUGCAGGAGGAAUCGUCUUUUUUCAAAACUCGUUUCUCAUGAUAAUGGAGAUUUGGGCCCCAGAGGUGCAGCCGGCAGCCUUGUGGGACAUGCGCAGUGGAAAGGACGGCAACCUGCAAUUUGAACGUAAUGAGUACGCAGUGAUGUGCUUGAGGAGCUUAUGUGCGAUGUCACAUUGCACCACAGGGUGACCGCGAGUGCAGCCAUCUCUCCUGUCACUUCUAAUGACACACAAGUGCCACCAGGCGGAACGUGAGCACAUCCAACCAGCUAACAUCUCUGACUGGGCCAAAAACUAUGUGCCAGGUACUGCACAACUUAAUCAUCAAACAUCUCUAGACGUGUUUUUAAUGACAUUGAUGCAAACCAGGUUCGUCAGAAAUGUAUAUUUGAUUAAUAUUUAACCAACUUGGUUUGCAUCAGUGUCAUUGAAAAACACAUCAAAAGUGUGUGAUGAAGAUGUUAUGCAAUACGUGGCCCUUAGGUUUGGUCCCAGUGAGAGAUGUGAUGUCUGACUGGGCCAAAACCCAAGUGCCACACCUCUAGACAUGUUUUUAAUGACAAUGAUACAAACCAAGUUAGACAGAAAUAUACAUUUGAUGAAUAUUUAACUCACUUGGUUUGCGUCAGUGUCAUGGAAAAGUGUGGUGAUGGUACUGUGCAGUACCUCGCACUUUGUUUGGUUUUGUCCCAGUGAGAGAUGUCAGCUGUUUGCAUGUGCUCACCUUCCCCCUGGUGGCGCUUGUGUCAUUGGAAGUAAGUGACAUCUCACCUGAGCUCAUCUGGAGGUGAGCGUUGCCCUGCUGUCACUGCCAUGGACACAAGUCUUUGACUGUUACCCUCCAUCUCACAUGACUUCAAGUGGCUGCAAUUCAGGACUGCAAUUUCACCCUCAUGUGAGAUGGAGGAUAACAGUUAAAGACAACGCUCACCUCAACACUGAAAACUGCCUUCCAAAAGUGCCACUUACCCCGCCUCCUAACUCUGCCCAAAUUCAGUCUGACCAAUCACAGCGCAGUGUAAAUUUGUAUAACCACGCUCACCUUUCCAACAGCCAAUCAGAUUGCAGUAUCUGCACAUCUGCCCAAUCAGAUUGCUGCAAAUUGUCAGAACCGCGCCUCCUUUUAUCCCACCAACCACAUGGCACCUCAUUUGCAUAGCAACGCGCCUUCAACCGAUCACAGAUUUCUAUUCUCAUUGCCCCACCCACUUUCUGAGUUUUCAGCGAAUCAUAAAGCAGUAUUCCAGUUUUGGCCUGCCUCAUUUCACAAAAAUUUUCAGAAAAAAGAAAUCCAAGAAAAAGAAAAUCCUCAAAAAAAUUCUGGAAAAAAAAAAUCUGGGGGAACAUAAUAAUAAUAAUAAUAAUAGGGGUGUAACGAUUCAUCGAUACAGAUCGAUUAAUCGAUAUAAUGCUCUCGGAUUUAUUGGCAUCGAUGCUAAACGUAAACAUCGAUUUAUAUCGCCGUGUUUGACCUCGGACAUUUGACGCGACUUUAUUUUGAAAUCCAGUUCAUUGUUGCUUGCUUCCUCUUUCCGGGAGUAGUGUGCGGCGUUGUUGUGUUGUGAGCAGAGCAGGCACGUGAAAGGGGAGUCGACAACUAGUACGCGGCUCCUGGGCUGGUGCUAUGGCUAGUGUCCAAAAAGCCGAGGAUAUUUGCUCCCCUUUAGGCUUCAAGUCAUUCGUUUGGAAGCACUUUGGAUUCCAAAGAAAAGAUGGCUCAACGGACAAGACACGUGCAGUUUGUAAAUCCUGCCAUGCGGUGAUCAAAUAUUCCGGGAGCACAAAUCUCGCCGCACAUUUAAAGAAAAAACACGACAUCAAAGUUCAGUGUUAAAAUAAGCACUUUGUAUACUACAAUACUCUCGUAAUUUCCUAAAUAAAUUUGCAGUACCUUGUUGAUUUUGCGUAUGAAUUGUUAUAAAUCAGAAUAUUGUUCUAUAUUUUUUAUUAAAAAAAAAAAAAUCAAUCGUAGAGCACUAUGUCGUGAUAUAUCGUGAAUGAAUCGCAGCAGGCUUUAAGAUAUCGGCAAACAUCGUAUCGUACUUCUUUGUAUCGAUAUGAUAUCGUAUCGUGACAAAACCCGCGAUUUACACCCCUAGUAGGUUGUCAUUAGUUCUGUCAGUGUCUGUGUGCUCGCCCCUCCCUUCCUGUGCCUACUCUCAAUCUAUGUACUCAUCACAGUCACCUGCCUCUCGCUACCUGUCGCGUGUAUAAGUUCUGUCUGCGUGUCCCACCCCUGUCGGAUUGUUCUCGUCUCUUGUCUCUCAUCUCCAUGUCUUUCUGUUCUGUUAUUCACGUCCCUAGUCGAGUAUCGAUAGUUUGCCUUUUGAGUUUGCUCAAUAAACCCUGGUCCAAACUGCAUUUGGUCGCCCUGCUCCAUUCCGCUUCAUGACAAACGAACGCCCACAUGAUAUAUUUUUAUUUAUAAUGCAAUACAAUAAUAAUUUCCGAAAGAAGGUUAGAUAGACUUUUGCAACAAUAACAUAUGAGAGGAAGGGAGGAAUCAAAUAAGAGCUACGGCUCCGGCUGGGCGCUCAAGGAAUUUUCUGGAGCUAGACAAUGAGCUGAGUUGGAGCAAGGGGGGUCUGCUCGUGAAUUGCAGCACGAAUCCAAUUGAUCUAUUUAUCAUAUUGAUAUCUGGAAAUAUUAGACAGUCAAGAGUUGAAAAGAACAAAUUAAGACUAGAGUGAAUUAAGAAAAAUAAACUCAAAUCAUUACUCAAACCACUACUCAUGGAAAAUAAAAUAGACAAACAGGCAUACAAUCACCUAAUACCCACAGCAAACAUCAUCCCCAGAAUCUAUGGCACACCAAAAAUCCAUAAACCAGGUACACCUCUCCGCCCCAUUGUAGACAGCAUAGGGUCAGUCACAUACAACCUUUCAAAAGCACUCACAGAAAUAAUAAAACCACUAUUAGGACACACGGAUCAACACUGCAAAAACUCAAGACAGCUUGCCACGGAACUCGCACACAUAAAAGUACAGAAAGAUGAAAUGCUCAUAUCACACGACGUCAUUUCACUCUUCACAAAAACGCCCACACAACCCACCAUACGCAUAGUACAUGACAGACUAUCAGCAGACAAGACACUCAAGAAACGGACAAAUCUAACAGCAAAAGACAUCACCCAACUACUUCAUUUCAUCGCUACCUCCACAUACUUUCAAUACAGAAACACAAUAUACAGGCAAAAAGAGGGAUUCCCCAUGGGAGACCCUCUUUCUGCCAUCAUGUGCAAUUUUUUUAUGGAAGAUUUAGAACAGAAGGCACUCUUAACAGCCCCGGACACAUACAAACCCACUCUAUGGAAACGUUACGUCGACGACAUUCUGGAAAAAGUAAAAACAGGACAUACACAACACCUCACAGACCAUCUCAACACCAUAGACACCACGGGUAACAUCAAAUUCACCCAUGAAGAGGAAACAGCUCGAUCCAUAGCCUUUUUAGACAUCAACAUACACCACACAGACAAUGGUGACAUAAGAACAAAAGUACACAAAAAACCCACACACACCGACCAAUACCUCCUCUGGACAUCAGAACACCCCACUAUACACAAACUGUCAGUAGUCAGAACACUAUACGAACGAACAACAAUAAUCACAGAUCCGGACGACAUAACACAGGAAGAAAAAUACAUACAACACGCACUCAAAAAAUGUCAGUAUCCACAAUGGGCAAUAACCAAAGGUGCAGAACAGGUAAAAAACAAAAAUACAAAACACAGGAGCAAAGAAAGAAACAAACAAGGAAACAGGAACCCAGCGGAAUGGUGACGUUGCCGUAUGUGAGAGGAAUUACGGAACGCAUCAAAAGAGCCAUGAAAAAAUACAACAUAAGCACACCUAUCAGACCACAUAUAACACUCCGUCAGAUACUGGUCCACCCAAAGGACAGAGUAAAUCCGGAAAAUAAAUGCAAUUCCAUAUACGAGAUUCCAUGCAAAUCAUGUAAUAAAUCAUAUAUCGGGGAGACAGGGAGGAACUUCAUCACAAGAAAAAUGGAACACAAGAAGGAAUGUGAGAAGGAGACAGCAACAAGACAAACAAGAGCAAUAAAACUACAAGCAGAACAGGAACACUACAAGUCAGCCAUCACCGACCACUGUAAAAGGGAAAACCACAUCAUGGACUGGGAGAAGGCCAGAGUCAUCCGCACUGAAGAAAACAAACAUCAGCGUUGGAUCAGGGAGGCCAUUGAGAUCCGCAAGCGGGGCCCGAGGACCAUCAACAGGAACGAGGGAGCAUACAUGCUCUCUACAACCUGGAACAGUGUUUUGGAGAGGUGAACUGACAGCAGAGGGCGUGACUCACCUGUCAAAUCUGACAGGUGAGCCACGCCUUCAUCCAUCAGCUGAUAAAGACGCGUCACAAACACAUCAGUGACACUCUGAUGAAGGCGGAAGAUUCCGCCGAAACAUGUCAGGUAAAUGAACCUAAAACAAAUUUGUUUGAUAUAGAAGAACCAGAGAAGUAAAUUAA